CUGGUCCGUUCAGUCUUGCACGAACCUUCGCGGACGUUGUGUUGCUCCCUCCAUCGUGCAAAGUCGACUCUCGCGCCAAGUUUACGUUCAUUCUUUCGUACCGUGCGCCUUCAGUUGGCGAUCGCAGAUAUACAUCCGUCCUCUAAUGCGAUUCCGAGAGAACGGAGGGAGUGUUUCGUAUCGCGUGAGAUAAAACAAACGUAAAGUGAGCGAGUUCUCGGACCACGUGGUAUGUAUCUCGCCGGAACAAUCCAAUUUCUCGCGUGCUUCUUCAACACGACGACGUUGGAAGUCACGAAGCAUUCGGCGUGAACUUCGUUCGGAACUACUUCCCGAAUCCUCGCGAAAUAUUUUACACGACGCUAGAUCACUGAUGUUAAUCGGCGCAAAAAGAUAUACGUAAUUCUAUGACACUUAGAGAUUAUUUCCAGUCAAGUUCAAGCCCGCGUUAGAGAUUACGUCGUGACUUAAUCCCCGAAUCCGCUCGCGUAUAUAAUGUGCACAGUGUAUAGGUUGAAGUGGCAGCGCGGUGAUUGAUAUAUCCGAUGCGGUAAGACUCGCGAACGAUAAAUAAUACAGUGCAUGUGUGUGUGUAUUGAAAUCAGUGUGUGAGAGAACAUAUAUCCAAGGGUAGAAGACUCGCGCAAGAAAGAGAUUUUCGUGUUUCCUUUUUGCGCCAGCUGUCAGAGCCCGCGUCUUGUUUCUUCGCGCGCGGUCCGACAAGUGCAAGUCCUCUACUACUUACGUCGUGGACCACGUUCUCGUCGUUCGCCUCGUACCUGCCUUGCCCGCCCGUGCUCGACCGUCCUGCAACCCCUGCCAACUCGUGCCGCCACCCCGUCCUGUCCGCCCCCCGCGAGAAGUCGACGCGGGAUCGAUAUUUACGAGGGAUCUUUGAUCUACAUUGGGGCCUUCUUCCUCAUCGGAUCCCUGCUUCCGCAGUAUUCACCCCACUAGCGUAACCAGCAGCAUUCGCCGCACAUCCACAAUGGCCGCCUGUUUAUGACAAUUCUGGGUUACGUGAGGACUCAUCGGGCAGCGUGUUGAGGCGCGGCCUGCCUGACACUUGCGGGUGCAGGUGCAGCGCGACAGUGACUGACGCGAUCGACUGUCUCCUGUCUACAUUACCAUUAUUAUUUAUUCCGUGGGUGCACUAAUAAUCCCGCGUCCAAAGUGGCUAAGAGCGUAAGUCCCCGUCGAGUGCACCAAGAGUGCUCCAGCGGGGUGGACGGGGUGCAGGCGGCGCAGGUGCAGCAGCAGCAGCAUCAGCAGCAGCAGCAGCAGGAGAGACGAACAUCGAGGCGCAUGCCUUACCUGGGGCCUGACAUGACAACCCGGCUAUCCGCCAUGUUCUACACGGUCGAGGUCGGGGACACCAAGUUCACCAUUCUGAAACGCUACCAGAACCUCAAGCCUAUCGGAUCGGGCGCGCAGGGAAUAGUUUGCGCGGCGUAUGACACCGUCACUGCGCAAAAUGUGGCGAUUAAGAAACUGUCUAGACCUUUUCAAAACGUGACGCAUGCGAAGAGGGCCUACAGAGAGUUCAAACUCAUGAAACUGGUCAAUCACAAAAAUAUAAUCGGUCUCCUGAACGCGUUUACGCCGCAACGGUCGCUGGACGAGUUUCAAGAUGUGUACCUGGUGAUGGAGCUCAUGGACGCGAAUCUGUGCCAGGUGAUCCAGAUGGAUCUGGAUCACGAGCGUAUGUCGUACCUUCUCUACCAGAUGCUGUGCGGCAUCAAGCACUUGCACUCCGCCGGCAUCAUUCAUAGGGAUCUAAAACCGAGCAACAUCGUCGUGAAGUCCGACUGUACGCUAAAGAUUCUCGACUUUGGCUUGGCGAGGACCGCCGGCACCACAUUUAUGAUGACGCCUUAUGUCGUAACGCGAUAUUAUCGAGCGCCAGAGGUGAUUCUAGGCAUGGGAUACAAAGAAAAUGUGGAUAUCUGGUCGGUGGGAUGUAUUAUGGGCGAGAUGAUACGUGGUGGUGUUCUCUUCCCGGGCACGGAUCACAUCGAUCAAUGGAACAAAAUAAUCGAGCAACUUGGUACUCCAGCGCAGGAGUUCAUGCAACGACUGCAACCGACUGUCAGGAAUUAUGUCGAGAACAGGCCGCGAUAUCCAGGCUAUCCUUUCGAGAGGCUAUUCCCGGACGUCCUUUUUCCCUCGGACUCCUCGGAGCACAAUAGAUUAAAAGCGAGCCAAGCCAGGGAUCUAUUGUCGCGCAUGCUCGUGAUCGAUCCGGAGCGACGCAUUUCCGUGGACGAGGCGUUGCUGCACAAUUAUAUAAACGUCUGGUACGACGAGGGGGAAGUCAAUGCCCCCGCACCAGGUCCAUAUGAUCAUAGUGUGGACGAGAGGGAACACACGGUAGACCAGUGGAAGGACUUGAUCUAUCAAGAAGUGAUGGAAUAUGAGACAAGUCACAAUCCCGCGGCGGUUGCCCAAUCGUCAGAAAGCGCCGGGAGCCGGUAGAUACCGCAGAGCAGCAGCUCAUGCGCGGAUCCCUUUUCGCGGAAUCCUUCAAAAAAGCAUCCGAAUAGUCUGACUUAUCGCGUGGAUGAUGUAGCUGGAGCGACGUAGCGAGAGAAAAAGAGGAAACCAGUGAAAGAUGAAGAAAGAAAAAAGAAAAGAAGAUGAACCGAUGUUCACGAACCGAUCUCCCUCUGAAUUUUUCUUCGAGAAAUGCGAACAGGUAGAAUAUGAAAAAAGGGAGAAGUUUAUUCUGUCGAGCGUUGUAGAAAGGUAAAUCAGUAUCUUCGAAUAGUACGUGUGAUCAAUGAAGCUAAUUUCGAAGAUGAUCCAUUCACGAUUUCGCUCGAUCUUUUCUCCUUUGGAACGAUCUGAAUAUGUACUUCUUAUCCAGAAAGCGAGGUUCGCGACCACUAUUUUCGAGAAACACGCGCCGAAUAUCCGAAACAUCUUCGUCACUUUUGUCACAUUUCACAAAAGCUAUGGAAAUCGGGAAGGAUCGUGAGAUACACGUCAAGAUCGAAUGAUGAGAUUCACGGAGAAGAGGACAAGAGAAGGAGUGAUCGAACUGCCUGGGCGAAGAAGUUACCGCGUCGUAUAUUAUCGUCUCCUCAACUACUGCCAGCCUAGGUUGUUGGACGAGCCUCUUCUCUUUUCUUCUCGGUUCAUUUGUCUCUUCGACCGACGCAAACUCUUCGAGUACUUCCUCAAGAAAUCCUUCAAUCCUUGUUCCACGGUACGAUAUUUCUAUCUCCGUUUGAUACCGCGUCCACUUAACUUUCCUUUCAAUACGAGAGUUUCCUCCACUCUGCAAGCGUACGCCGAUGUUUCGAACUUCGAUGGUCGCCCCGCAAUCUUGGACAUUUGUCGUGUAUUUCAUAGCAAUAAAGUCGACGCGGAAGAAAAGAUGAUAUAUAAAUAUCGUUCCUGUGUGAUACAGUUUGUAAAGGUUUUACAAAUGUCGGAGGCUGAAUCAUUCUUUUAACUUUCGAAAGAAAAACCGGGCGAAUUAAGUGAUUGAUUGAUUACUCGCUGCAACUCCCGAAAGAAUUGAUCGAGCGCGUUUAUCGUUUGCGCGCGAACAAUUAUAUACUAUAUAUUUUUCGUACCAUUGUUAAGCACAUAUGGGAACACAUGAUUCUGAACUAUGUAUCAUUGUAACUUUUUAACUAUCCUAUGCUCUUUCGAUGUACGGGGUGCAAAGAUACCAUAUAAGGAGAUAAGAGAAAAUUUAUACAGAGCUUAUAUAUAGUCGCUCGAUCAUUUUGUCACGGGAGUAGCGGAUGAUCAUUAGGAUGAGACUAAUCCGUAGGAUUUUGUUUCAUUAAGUUGCGAGAAGUCGCAAUAAAAAUAUAAUUUUAGAUAUUUGUUAAUUUAAUUCGUAUGGAACUUAUUCUGUACAAUAUGCGUGCCGCGCAAUACAAUGAGGCGUAUGAAGCGCAAAGGGGAAUAGGAGAAACAUUGUAUUAGAAACAAGUCUCGAAACGAUCGUUAAAGAAAAAAAACGCGAUCGACGAAAAAGAAAGGAGUAGGAUUUUGUACAUAAUAUUAAUAAUAAUAAUUAUUAUUGUGAAUUUUAGAGUGCUAAACGAGAAUGUCCGCACGAUCUUGCGCGAUACCGAUUUUUCGUAAGCGUGUACUUUUCGUUUGGAUACUUCGCAUCUCCGCUCUGUGUGCUUUCGUCUCGGUCGUUAUCAGUGCCAGUAGAUACGCGAUUUAUGAUAUUUCAUAUUUGUAAUUUUGUAGUCGUAAGAAAUUAACGAUUAAUUUUAUUGAGUCGACCGAAAGAAGGAGAGAAAGAGAGAGAGAGAGAAAGAGAGAGAGAGAGAGCGAGAGCGAGAGAAUUGCAAAAGAUAGUGCAAUGUCUCACAACGAUCGAUUUUCGUGUAAUAGCAUCAGGGACUCUGCGAUUCCGCAGAUACCGAUUAUACGUUUUAGAUGAGUAGUAGCGAUACUAAAUGAUACUACUCUCUUUUCGUGCAAUCUCGCGUAUAACGUGUCGCGCGAUGAACUCACGGUGCUUACUACUUUGCAAUCGACAAAAGAAUCGAGGGAAAUUGAUUGUUAAAUCGAUGCAAUAAUUAAUAAAAUAAAAAUAGAAUUGAUCAUGCAUUGGAAACGGCGAAGAGAUGAUUUUCGCUUAGUUUGUUUUGCGAAAACGUGAAACUUUGCGAAAAAAGCGUUUAUUGAAUUUUUAUUCCUUUUAUUAGAUCGUGUGUGUGAUUCGUAUUAUACAUAUAGGAGAAUAUAGUAUAUAUAUGAAGGGGGAAAUAUUUGACAAGAGAAUAUCGUGAAACGACCGUCGUAUAACAAUAGGCGAAGGAAAACCGGAUCGGGAGAGCCGAUAAGAGCUGAUGAAUAUGACUAUGAUUAUAUGAAAUAAUUGUAUUUAUUACGCGACGAGGAGAAUCUACAAAUAAAUACUGAAUCGACGAAAUGGUGAUGAAGAAUAAUUGUAUAAUGUAAACGUUAAAUUUUUAUUUUCCACGACGAUAGUUAUGUGAAUAUAUUGCUACAGUCCGAUCCAAAUAUAAUCAAGCUUUUGUAACACUAAUUAUAAUAAAAAGUCUAAUAAUGAUAUUGCUAAUUACACGUAAUUGUAUCGCACACACACGGUAAAAAUUAUAACGUAUGAGCUACAAAUAAGCAGUUUCGUUUUUGCGCGUGUACGGAAGCGAAGAAUAGUGCGCCCAAAAAUCUUUACAAAUUCAGCUAGUCGCUCUGUAAAUUCGCGACGAAUGUCCCUUCUACCCAACAUUUCUUUCGCAUAUUUAUACUGUGUAUGUCCCAUACGCAUAUCACGAAUAAGCCUUUUCCAUUAUGAAACUAAAAAUAUGACACUAAAACAUUUUUGGCACCCUUUUGCCAUGCUAUUUUUUAUCUUCCGCGCAUAAUUCGUAAUAUUUACAGAUUGUAUUUUGCAAUAACAUUUUAUCGAAAGUAAUAAACAUGAUUAAGAUUAAGUGAA